AUUUUCUUCCGCGUCCACCGUUUCAUCGUCACUCGGUUGUUUGUGUUCGUUAUCUUUCAGAGAGCUUUUGUUUCGUCUACUUUUGUGCAGCAGAAGCAACAAUGUUUCAGCUGAGGUCGUUUGUUCAUCAGCGGCUGUACGCAGCAGCAGAGGAGAUCCUCGGAGAGGUGGAGAAAGUCAUGACGUUAGCUUUGUAUGAAGCCGACGUUCAGCGGCCGAUACAAGAGCCCGACAGUCCAAAACUGAACAGUCAGCGGCAGAUAUCAGAACCUCCACUGAUCAACAGUGAUGUGGCCGAAGAGGAGUCACUGCAGAAGAUCUCAUCACAACCAUCGACACAGGAAGAGUCUUACUUGAGUAAGGCCGAGGUCCCGGGCCCCUCUGAAACCACGGAGGAAAGCUGCGUUGUCCAGGUUCACUUUGGGAUAAAAGAGGAGCAGGAAGAACAUGGAUACUACAGCCAAACACAAGACGUCAUGUAUCCCUUUGAGGAAGUGGCAAAAAGAGAAGAAGAUCAACCAGAGACUGAAGGUUUUGAUGAAAUGCAGCUAGUUACAUCGGACGGCUCUGAAGCUUUCAGCGACAACAGAGGAAGUGAUGAGGAGAGGGUUAAGAGAAAAGAAGCAUCGGUGAACAUGAACAUUUCUGCUCAGAGGGAAAAGGAGCGUCUUGUCUGUUCCACAUGUGGAAAGGGCUUCUGGUACAUUUCUCCCUUUGUGAAGCACAUAGAGACACACAAGAAAAAACCUCCACUGACAGCAAGGACUUUGAAUGGAGAUGAGGAGCUGCAGGAGAGCUCAACACAAGAGGAGUCUUACUUGAGUCAGGUGGAGGUCCCGGGCUCCUCUAAAACCCCCAAAGAAAGAUGCUCUGUCCACAUUGGCCUUGAAAUGAACGGCGAGUGGGUAGAACAUGGACAUGACCGCCAAACACAUGAGGUGAGUUAUCCUUCUACUGAAAGGGAACAAGGUCAGCCAGUGAACGAAGCUUCUGCUGAAAUGCAGCCAGUUUCUUCAGACGGCUCUGAAGCUGAGUGUGAAAUCAAAGGUAGUGGUAAGGAGUGGGUGCAGAAUGAAGGAGCACAGAAAAAGAUGAGACAAAGAAGUCAAAGUGACCUUCAUGUUUGUCCCACGUGUGGAAAGGGCUUCCGGUACAUUUCUCCCUUCGUGAAGCACAUGAAAAAACACAAGAAGAUCAAUGGUCCAACAAGGAAGCUUCUAGAGGAUUUGCAAAGUCCUCACAGCAGAAAGGUUUGUGAUGUUUGCGGCAAGAAGUUUUCCACUACCUAUUGUCUGAAAAUUCAUUCAAAAAUACAUGCAGGGAUUAGAGACUUUGAAUGUCAAGACUGUGGGAAAACCUUUUACCAAAGAGGGAAUCUGAUGAUGCACUUAAAGCGCCAUUCAGGAGAGAGGCCGUACCAGUGUGACAUCUGUGGAAUUGCUUUCACCCUGAAACAUAACCUCACAGCUCACAGGAGGAGACACACAGAGAGAGAACGGACCGUUGUGGAUCCGUUGGGAAACAACACAAAUGUUCCUGUUUAAAUGUGUAUCUACAUUUGGAAGUUGAA